AAUUGGUUCGGCCGCGAUACGUGGUAUGGUACGGUGGCGCUGUUUUCCGCGUUUACGUUUUGGAAUCGACGAAACUGGAAAAUGCUACGCAAAAGUUAAGUCGCUGAAAACUAGCGUGAUUUCUACCCCUCUCUUACUUGCUUAAUAUUGUAAAUUCUUCAGGUACCCUGCAUCGUUUCGACACCUAGUCUGUCAUCUUACUCGCCAUGGGGCGGAAGAAGAAGAAGCCUAUGAAGCCAUGGUGCUGGUACUGCAACCGAGAAUUUGAAGAUGAGAAGAUCUUGAUCCAGCACCAGAAGGCGAAGCAUUUCAAGUGUCACAUCUGUCACAAGAAGCUGUACACAGGCCCAGGGCUGGCCAUACAUUGCAUGCAGGUUCACAAGGAGAACAUUGACAAGGUUCCCAAUGCUGUCCCAGGCAGGUACGACAUUGAGGUGGAGAUCUACGGCAUGGAGGGCAUACCAGACAAAGAUCUACUAACCCAUGCUGCAAAGACAAAUCAUAAAGAAAAAGGCGAAGCUGAGGAAGAUUCUCCGAAAGCCAAGCAGCCCGGGCAGUCCACCCCCCAGAAUAUCCCCCCGCCUCCGAUGAUGCCUGGCAUGAUGCCGGGACCGAUGCCGGGACAGAUGCCGGGACAGAUGCCGGGACAAAUGCCAGGCAUGAUGCCUGGACAAAUGCCGGGACAAAUGCACGGCCACAUGCCGGGCCACAUGCAGGGCCACAUGCCGGGCAUGAUGCCGGGUCAAAUGAGGGGUCCCAUGCCCCCCGGAAUGCCCCCCAUGCCGCCACGCCAUGGGAUGCCGGGUAUGCCCGGCAUGCCCGGCAUGCCUCCCUUCAUGCCGGGUAUGCCUAUGCCACCCAUGCCCCCAGUUUUCCGGCCCCCCAUGGGUGGACCAGGGGGUAUGAUGCCACCCCGUAACCUCCCUGGUAUGCCCCCAGUCACCAUGGAACCUCCCGUCUCAUCUACCUCCAACAACCAGCCUUCUACCGCACCCCAGCAGGCAGGGCCUAGUAUAAGACCCAUGGGUGGCACACAAAUACAGCAACCACCCAAACCACUCUUCCCUAGUGCAGCAGCUACCACAUCGUCAGUUACAGGCCCUGGCAAUGGUAGCUCUGCUUCCUCCAUUGGUCCGGUCAAACCCACAUUCCCAGCAUAUGCAAAUCCGGCACCGGACCAACCCAAGACCGCACCGCCAGUCAGCAACCCCACCACAGCGACCGUCACGGCAGCCGCGCCCAAGCUGAACACUCCCAGCGCGGCGCCGGCCGAGAAAGCGCCCUCAAGCGGCAAGGGUAUGACCACAGGUACCAGUAAGAUAGUGCAUCCAGACGAUGAGGUGUCCCUGGAGGAGUUCCGAGCUAACCUACCCAAGUACAAGAAGACGGUUACCGCAGUCGCCCCGUCAGUACCCACCAGUGCACCCUCUAUGCCCCCUAGACCGCCUCAUUUGAUGCCCAACAUGCCCCAACCACCAAUCAGACCCCAAGGUGGGAUGGGCAUGCCACCACAGCCUCCUAAUUCACAAAUGGGAAUGAUGCCUACACCACCUGGUGGCAUGAUGCAGGGAAUGCCCCCUAUGGGCCAGAUGCCCCAGAUGCCCCCUCGAAUGGGCGGAGUCCCCAACCAACAAGGGGGGAUGUUCAGCGGUCAGAACAUGAUGCAGCAACAUCCCAGCAUGCAACAGGGACCACGAAGAUAUUGAAGAGUUCAAAGGUUGGCAAAAUAAGAAGAAAAAUGAAAACACAGUUCGUAAGAUGGAAAAAUUUUCUUAAAAAACAAAGCGUGAACCUUUACUCCCUAGAUAUUUUUUGCCAGAAAACUUAAGUGAUUCAUAAACAAGUGGCACAUUCUUUGCACUUUUAACUUUGAAUGGGGAUCAGACUCCAUUCAGAAGAACCUUGUCCUCCACCAAAAAAAAUAUUUGAAAUCAAAAUUAGUUUUGCGAAGAUAGUUUUUAAUUUCUUAGAGAAAUUCUCCUCUCCUGUUUCAGUCAGUCAAAGUAUUAACUGGUUUAUCUUGAAGUUACAGGGUUUUUUUUCAGGAAUUAUUGAAACUAACCUUUGUGUUUAGGAUUAAAAUUGUAAUUGCUGAAGUCGGUGUUAGAAAGAAGAAAAAACUCUUUGCAUUUUCUGCAGGAACUGUUGUGGUCAUUCCGUCAGCAUUCAUGUAAUAUGACUUGACCUCUGUGGCCCUUGCAUUUUAAAGGCAAGUUCUUAAUAUAUCUAAAGUAUAGUGUUUUUAUAAAAGUGUGCAUGGUCGUGCAGCAGAGAUGUUUCUGCAGUCUGAAAAAAAAACGAAAAAAAUAAUUCAGGUCACAGAAAUUAUGGAAUUUGAUUUCAUGUUUGAGAGAAUAGUGUUACAAAAAUUCCAAUAGCUCUUGUACAUACUUAAACUUCAGCUUCAGAAAACGAAAGUGAUUGCAAAAAAAUAAAAUACACGGACACAUAAACUGUACAGAUAAAUUACCAAAUUGCUUUGAGAGGAGUGUACAUUUUGUGCAGCAUACACAUAUAUUUGUUGAAUAAUUUCUAAAAGAAAAGUUUGGGUAAGUACAUUUAUACAAGCUGCCAAACUUUGCUAUAAAGAAAGCAUGUCAGUGUCUUUUCCCAGUAACAUAACGUCGUCAACACGUUGGAGGUACACGUGUGUGAAGGCAAAUCAAAUGCUUUCAAAUUAAACAACAAGAUUGAGCAAAAAACAAUCGAAAUGGAGUGGUUGUAAAAGACACACCAGACUUGGUCCCACACAAUGGUAGGUCUUGUAUAAUUUGCAUGUGUUAACUUGGCAACAAAAUUUAACAAACAUGAACAUAUCAACAAAAUUUAAAGGAAGAUUUUAAAAAUGCUGAUGGAGAACAUCUGAAAGGGAAGAUUGAUUUCUGAAAUAUUCCAUAAUGAGUAUUGUGUACAUGUACAUGUAUAUUUGUUGAAUAUCAUUAUUGAAUAUUGUGCAAGACAGCGCCACUGAAUCAGGUAAUGUUAUUGCAUCAGCCAUGGCAAAAUUGACAAUGUAAGUACACGAAGAAUGUGAGUACUUUUGUUUUUAACAAAAAAAUUGAAUGAACUGUUGCUCUGAAAAUGACCAAUUGUCACAACUAUCGAUAACAAAAUAUACACCAUUAAUGGCAGUUUUUCAGAAAAAUUGUAACAUUUACUCCAAGCUGUUUACAAAAAUUGUAUUACUUGAUACUUGUAACUUUUAAAAAAGAAGUGGAAUUUUCUAAAGCCGUCAAAUUUGCAUUAGAAAAUCUUACAGAUUCUGAAAUUAUUGGGAUGAUUAAAUUGUCAUCCCACUUAAUGUCCAGUUUAAAAUUUAUGGUAGGUGGUUUAUGCUUUCAGUCAUCUGCAUGUAAAUGUAUUUUUUUAAUAACAUUUUAAAACAUUUUUCUCCUCAUACUUCUGAGUUUGGGCUUUUAAACUUUUUGCAAGCAGAAAGAAGCGGAAAAGGUUUGAAUAUUAUUCACUAUUAUAUGUAAUAAGUGGAACGCACAUGUAAGGAAAUAGUUGUAAAUGUGAUUUUAAGGAAAGCAGUAUAUUGAAUGACGUGCACUGUUCCUGAAUAUGUGCUUUGAUAAACCUCAUCCACGGGACUGUGUAUGUGCAGUUCUCUCACUUGAGAUGCUUUCUGACAGAAAACACAAGGUAACCUUUAGAAAAUCUGGAGUUGUAAUCAGUUUGUCACAAGUCAUCACAAGUUGUCUCAAAUGGUCACAAGUCAUCACAAUCACAAGUUACCACAAUCAGUCACUAAUUGUCACAAGAGGUGACUAAUUGUCACAAGUCCAAUAAUCACAAGUUCAAUCACAAUCUAUUCAGAGGACUUGUGGUAUAGGCAUUCCUUUAUAAAUUUGCAGCCGCUGUUACUUGUAAAGUGACUAGAUGAUUUGAUUUGUGAUUUCUUUGAUUUCAACUCCAAGAAUAGGAUCCUUUUAAACUUGUUGAUGUUGUGUAUGUGCAGUGCCUUUGGGUACAAUCUAUCAACAAAAAAAUGUAGCAAAGGAACCAGACUUUGAACUUGUGUUACAACGAUUAGAAAUUAGUCAGAUCCCAUUGACGUUCUGAUGUUCCAAAAUUUCUUAGGAAUUUAUAUGUAGACCUCAGAUUCACACGUGUAUUUUACAUUAAUUGCCGAGAUUGCUCGAAAAAUGUUUUCUUUUCUUUCCCAUAUGUUGGGGCCAAGGUUUGUAAUGUUCUCCUUUUUAAAUUUCAAUCAUGAUUAGUCGUAAAAAAAAUAAAAUUUGUUUCAGAAGUUA